UUGGCAUUUGACUUCUACUUGGUUUAUGAGAUGAUAUUAGACUAUUAUUCUUACCUUAGAUUUUGAUUCCUCUUUAAUGAAGUUUUGUAUAGAUUAUUGUUUGUGACCAACCUGCUAAACAAUACAAGAUGUUACUUUUGUAAAGAAACAUGAGACUUGGUAUAUUCUUACUAAAUUCUUUCAGAUAAAGAUGGCACACUACCAAUGAACAAUUCCUGGAGAAUUUUGAACUUUGUAUUCAGGGGACUUGAGCAUUGCUGGCAAAGACUGCAUUUGUCUGUGCCCAGCAGGUAUCAUGGAUCAAAACAUCAUUACAGAAGUCCCUGCAUCUCUCAAACGCUUAGCAAAGUACAUUGUGCGUGGAUUCUACGGGGUGGAAUACUCACUCACUCUGGACAUUCUCAUUCGCUAUCCCUGUGUGAAGGAGGAUGAUCUGCAACAGCUAUUGAAGUUUGAGAAGAAGCAGCUCCGCUCUGUCCUCAACACCUUGAAAUCUGACAAGUUUCUUAAGAGUCGAAUAAGAGUUGAAACCAAUGCUGACGGUAAAAGUUCCAGACAUAAUUACUAUUACAUCAACUACAAGCUGCUGGUAGAUGUGGUCAAAUACAAACUGGACAUCAUGCGCAGAAAAAUUGAAACUGACGAGAGAAAUUCAAGCACAAGAUCAUCUUUCAAGUGCCCUCUCUGUUUCAGCACAUUUACCGAUUUGGAAGUCAAUCAUUUGUUUGACCCUUACACAGGCAACUUUAACUGCACAUUCUGUCACACUGAGGUAGAAGAAGAUGCUUCCGCAAUACCUAAACGUGAUGCUCGAACACUUCUGGCAACAUUUAAUGAACAAAUUGAACCAAUUUAUGCACUUUUGCAUGAGACGGAAGAUAUUGCUCUUCCAUACGAUCUUUUGGAACCACAACCAACUGAGAUCCCAGAACUGGCAAUAAGCCAGAAUCCGAAGACUCAUGGCCUUAACACUAACGAUCAUACCGAAAAAUGGUCAAAUAAAGCAGUUUGCAAUGACCUCUAUGAGCAAAACAUUGUUGUAGAUGUCCAAGAAUCUGAUGCUAAAUCUAAGAAAAAAACGGUGAAGCCCGUUAAAUCACAGCCCAUCUGGAUGACUGCAAGCACUGUUGAGGGAGCUGGUUUGGACAAAGUGGAGAAUUCAAUUGAACACACCACAUCUGAAAUGCUUGAAGAUGAAACUCUGAAUAGGAAGGUUCCAAAUUCCGAGGUCAUAAAAACACUUAUGAUUCAUGAGAAAAGAUCAAUAACUGGAGCAACCUUCACUUCAAAUGCAAAUCGGAGUGAACCAGAUAGUGAGACCAGUGAAUCUGAGGAUGAGUCAAAGAAUGCAAAACCACCAACAAAAUUGGACCUAAAAGAAGAGGAAAAUGAGUUUGUACCAGAGAAGUCAACAGUUAUGGUUGCUGGAAAGGUGCACCUCUACAGUGAAGUUAGUCAAAAUCCUGAAUUAGUAUCUUUGAUGACAGAAAAAGAACGAGAGAUUUACAUUAGUAUUUCUCAAGAGAUGUUCCAUUUAAUGUAUGAUUAACCUUUUUAGUAUUCAAAUUUUGCUUGUAUUGUGUUAAAUUCAUGAUGUAUUACAAGCUAGCUUUUGCAGACACUAAAUUUUCAAGUAAUUUUCUCUAUGUACUGCAAAGAAAAUUUGAAUCCAGUUCUUGCUGGAAACCAAAUUCACUGUGGUGGUGUCAAAAACGUAAAGUGCUAAUCACUAAUCAAACUAUGGGAGAGAAGUUUCAAAAGCUUGUAGUAUUGUCAGCUUAAUCUGCUCUGUAAGAAUUAUCCAUAAAUUCAACUUCCCUGAAUACAGUAGAAGGGACUCCUUUAAUUUGAAGAAACUAUAUAUAUUUUAGACUGCUUUGUCAUAAAAGCAAAGACCAAUUUGACUAACUACGCUUUCCAAUUUCCUGUGCUAGAGGUGAGAUCGUACACGCAGAGACGUUUUCUGACUACCACGUCUGCUUUCAGUUAUUACUACUAAACAUAACAAUCUCUUCUGAUCUCUGCACUAGUUCUUUACUUUUGGCUUGGAUAUGUUUGGUAUCCAUUCCUAAUUGCACUUGACCUGAGUAACUCUGCUGUGACAUUGGACAGGGCUACGACCUGCGUGUUAUUUUGAGGAUGAUGUCUACGUGGUCAGAAGUUUCAUAGAAUCCCUGCAGCAUCAAAGCAGGCCGUUUGGCACAUCAAGUCCACACGGACCCUCCAAAGAGCAUCCCAUCUAGAUCCACACCACUACCCUAUCCCUGUAAUGCUCCAUUUCCCAGGGCUGAUCUGCUUAGCUUGCACAACCCUGGACACUAUGGGUAAUUUAGCAUAGCCAAUCCACCUAGCCUGCACAUCUUUGGACUGUGGGAGGAAACUGGAGCACCUAGAGGAAACCCACACAGACACUGGGAGAAAUUGCACACUCCAGACAGUUACCCAAGGCUGGAAUCAAACCCAGGUCCCAGGCCCUGUGAGGCAGCAGUGCAAACUACUGAGGCACCAUGCCACCCUCUGCUGUGUAUCUUCAUUUGACUUUAACAUGCUGAUUCUUGGCAAACUUAAUUGAAUGUCCCAUGAGGUAGCGGAUCCUGGCACAUACAAUUUGCCUUUGCCACUGCUGCCCUGCCUCAAAAAAAAUUUGGAUUUGAGAUGUGUUGCAACUUGACCAAUAGGUGGUUGUUUUUAAAUGAAUGAAUAAUUCUGAUCUGGUAGCAGUUCCUCCAGUCUUUUUAAUGACAUUAGAAUCCCUGCAGUGGAGAAAGAGAGGCCAUUAGGUCCGUUUUGAGCCUGCACCUACCCUCCACCCAGUCUUGUUCUCAACCGCACACCCCCACCCUAUCCCUGUAACCUUGCAUGGAGCUUUUACCAUGGCUAACUCACCUAACCUGCACAACCCUGGAUACUAAUGGGCUCUUUUAUAUAUAGAGCAUGGCCAAUCUGCCUGCACAUCUUUUGGAUGGUGGGAGGAAACAAGACUAAAUCCACACAGUCACCCAAGGCUGGAAUCAAACCUGACACUGAGGCAACAGUGCUAACUGAGGUGCUCAGUCUGAACACUUGUACGUCCAGCUUCAAGAAGGUUACUAAAGUUUGGGAACAGGCUGGCCAUUGACGUCUGCUACAAACCCUAAUUUUAGGGCCUGAGUGCCACUGUCCAAGCCUUUUAUCCACCAGGGCUGCUACCACACACAACCCAUUAUCAGUUACUAAUGGACACUAUUAACUGCUACUGCUUCUCCCAGGAUGACCAUUGCCUUUGUCUGCCCAUCUCUCGUUCUCUGCUCUCCACACCCUGCCUCAUCUUCAGCAUAUAUUAUCAACCUUUAACUUGCUACAACGGUUCUGACAAAGGGUCAUUGGACCUAAAAUGUUAACUCCGCUUUCUCUCUACAGAAGUUGCUAGACCUGAAUUUUUCCAGCUAUGUCGUGUUUCAUAUUUCCAGCAUCUGCAGUUUUUGUAUCUAAUGUUUGACUUUUGUUGACUUAUGGGGCGGUGACCUUGGCUGCUUAAGAUCACUCAGACAUUAGUAGAAUUAGACCAUUCAGUCCAUCACAUCUACUGUCAAUACGAUCGUGGCUAAUCCUCAAGUCCCCAUUUCCUGAUUAUGGAGGAAAAAGGUAGGAAAGAAUGAGGAUUAAGUAUUGACAUUUAAUGACCCAGAAUUGCACAGAUGGUCACAGACAGCCCUCCUAAGAAAGGUGGCUGCCCAGAUCUCGGAACUGCUCAAUAUAUUAGUUUCUCUUUCAACGUGUAUGGGAAGUGGAACAUAUGGCAAACCAGUACUUGCUUGAUAGUUUUCUUUGUUGAGGCAACAUCUCAAGAAUAGGGUGAGCCUCUUGGAUGCUGAGCUGAAAAUAGUGGCUUGUAAACUGGUGCAGUGAGCAAUAGUAUUGCACUUAUCCACAUCAUGUAGGUUAUGUAAAAGCAAAAUACUGUGGAUGCUGGAGGUCUGAAAAUAAAAACAUAUUGGAGA